AUGGCUCCUUCAUUAGAAACCAAUAGUGGUGAAGCCAAGAACCUUACACAUGAAGGAGAACAUGUACAAGAAGAAGAUGGCAUCCUUUUUGCCGUGAACAUGAUGUCUUCUGUUGUUGUUCCACUAGUAACUCGAUCAGCAGUUGAGCUUGGCAUCUUUGACAUACUAGCCAAAGCAGGUGAAGGUGUGAAGCUCUCUGCAGAGGACAUUGCAAUUCAAAUUAAAGCAAAGAACCCAGAAGCACCCAAUAUGGUGGAUCGUCUUCUUAGGUUGUUGGCAAGUCACUCCAUGGUUUCUUGUUCAAUUUCUGAAGAUCAACAAGGGCUUGCUUCUCCUCAAAGGCUCUAUAGUCUCACCCCAAUGUCCAAGUAUUUUGUGAACGAUGCUGAUGGUGUGUCAUUCGGACCCACCUUGAACUUACCACUGGACAAGAUCUUCAUGAAAAGUUGGACCGAAAUGAAAGGUGCUAUCAUAGAAGGAGGUAUACCAUUCAACAGGGUUUAUGGUAUGAAUGCAUUUGAGUAUCCAGGUGUGGAUCCAAGGUUCAAUGAUGUUUUCAACAGAGCUAUGUUCAAUUUUACCGCUAUAGUUAUGAAGAGGGUUCUUGAGUUUUACGAAGGUUUUGAGCAGAUAAAUACACUGGUGGAUGUUGGUGGUGGUCUUGGUAUUAAUCUCAAGCUCAUCACUUCCAAAUAUCCUCAUAUCCAAGGUGUUAAUUUUGAUUUGCCUCAUGUUGUGGAGCAUGCCCCUACCUAUGCUGGGGUGAAACAUGAGGGAGGAGAUAUGUUUGAGAGUGUCCCUAACGGAGACGUCAUUUUCAUGAAGUGGAUACUUCACGAUUGGAGUGAUGAGCACUGCUUGAAGUUGUUGAAGAAUUGCCAUAAGGCUAUUCCUAAUGAUGGAAGAGUGAUUGUUGUGGACGCAAUUCUUCCAGCUUUUCCUGAGAGUACACUUGCUGCUAAGGCUGGUUUCCAAGCUGACAUCUUAAUGAUGGCACAAAACCCAGGAGGGAAAGAACGAACCCAACAAGAGUUCAUGGAAUUGGCAUUAGGAUCUGGAUUCAGUGGCAUCAAAUUCGUCUGCUAUGUCUCUGGCUUCUGGGUUAUGGAGUUCUUUAAGUAG